AUGAUGAGGCCGGAAUCGCAUGGCAAGCUAAUCUACACAUUCCAUGGGACUAAUAACAAACUGCAUCAGCAAACCUUUUGGGUUAUGCUUAUGGUACAGUUCAAAGGAUGGCCACUGAAGCAAGGAUUGCAGCUUAUAAAGUUUGCUGGGUUGCAUGAUUUUGGGGCCAUGGAGAAGGGAGUUUUUGUUUCCUGGUCAACAGGAAAUGGUGGACCAGAUCCCACUAGCCUCGUGAAUGUUUCUCCGUGGUCACUACUGUUCGAGCCAGCACAGUGCAUAGAGAUUUCCCAGCUACUAUUAAGCCCGGGACAGGUGAAUACCUGA